CAGACGCCUAGUCACAUGUCAUGACUGACUUUCGGUUCAAUUUCGAACAAACCAUUCGUGGUGACGCAAUUCCAACUGCUUGUCAACAUUCUACAGAAUCCCAUACAAUGCCUGUUAUUGAGAAAUUGAACAAAUGCAGAGAAGUUGAGUGUAUGACAAGUGGUACCGGUAUUGAUGAUUCUCAUAGUAAGGGGCCCAGACAUAAAGUUUGUGAUGUGCGUUUGUGUGAUGGAACCGUUCAUCUGCAACAUAUAGACUUGGAUGUCACUGAAGCUGAAUUGAAAACAGAGAAUAGCGAACUGAAAUCAGCACUUAAUAGUCGGUCAGAUCUUGUACCAUACAUUUACGAAGGAGGGCUGAAAAUAUGGGAGUGUGCAAUCGACCUUAUCCUUUUCUUGCAUCAGUGUAAGGUAGACUUUGAAAACAAGAGUGUUUUGGAGUUAGGAUGUGGUGUGGGUCUACCUGGUAUAUAUACUCUAACCAAAGGAGCUGUCGUUCAUUUCCAAGAUUAUAACGUUGAGGUCAUUAAACAUGUAACAAUUCCCAGCGUUGCAAUGAACACUUCCAAUGGCCCAGACAGACAUCAUAAGUUCUAUGCUGGUGAAUGGGGUAGUUUGCCUGACCUUCUUAAUCCUGCCAAGGCAGAUUCAAAGAAGUACGACUCCAAUGAUGUAUCGCUUCCUUCAUUUGUACACGUUUCUAUGACUAGGUUUGAUUUCAUUCUUACAUCAGAGACAAUCUACAAUCCUGACAGCUACCCUAGUCUCAUCCAUGUAGUGAAACAGUUACUGAAACGAACGGGAGUAGCUUAUUUAGCUGCCAAGUCUCACUAUUUCGGUGUUGGCGGCAGCAUUGACCUUUUUACUGAGGCUAUUGACAAAGAUGGAACAUUAGUAUGGGAAACUGUAUCCGUUGUAGCAGCAGGCAUCCCCAGAAAGACACUUUGUAUUAUUCAGAAAUAAGCAGAGAAUAAAAGACAUAAGCCGAGAGCUAUAAAUAAACUGUUAGACAAUUAGAAUGAUUGUACACAAGUGCUCGAGUUCAAUUGUCAAUCAAUCUGUGAGAUUCAGUUAUUAUGGCUGCAAGAUACUCUUGGAAAAUGACGCACCCAACCAAAAUCAA